UAUUUGUAUGUAUAGCUUAUAUAUAUAAUAAUUAGGGAGAGAGGGAGAGAGAAAGGACCCUCUCUCACUAGCCAAAGAUUUUACCCUCAAAGGCCUGCUUGAUUUGCAGAGAGAAUCCAAAGGACGCUUAGAGCAGAACGCGAAGAACUGAAACUGCACUGAAGAGAGAGGAGGGGAGAGAAGAGAGAGUGACAGUCACCCAAAUAUGUACUGAUAUAUAUAUAUAUAGAGAGAGAGAGAAAAGAGAUUUGGUUUAUUUACAUAAUUCCAAUCAGGUCCUCCCUUCUUUCUUCCUAUCCAAUCCGUAGUCAUUUCUGCGUUUGACAAACUUUUCUGGGGAUUUUGGGGCUGAUUUUGCCCAUUUCAGAGGUGGAUUUGGGUGUGGUGAGGAAUAAGAAGGGUUUUGGAUCGAUUUGGGUUUGUAAUUGGUGGUUUUCCUCGGGUUGAAUAACCGAGAUAUGUUGGAAGAUCGAUCCUAUCUGAUUUCGAGGGCUUAUCCGAGAACUUGUGAACACGAAAACAGCUGGUCUUGCAUGAGUUUCAGGCUAGAAAAUGGAAAGAGACUAUUAGAAAUCGAUGGGGAGGAAGAAAUUGGUGUGAGGAAGUCAUCUAAGCAAUCACAUGUUCGGGGGAGAGAUGUUUCUCUGUCCCCGGAAGAUCAAUCUGGUAACCGGGGUCAAGCUGGGGAUAAUUCGGACUCUGAUUCCGCAACCCAUGGUCGAAUCGAUGUGGAGGAAGAAAUUAGUGUGAGGAAAUCGUCUAAGCAAUCAGAUGCUUGCGGGAUAGAGGUUUCUAUGUCCCCAGAAGACCAAUCUGUUAACCGGGGUCAAGCUGGGGAUAAUUUGGAUUCUGAUUCCCUAAUCCAUGGUCGAGACAAGAGCCCUUUUGAAAUCGAUGUGGAGGAAGAAAUUAGAGAGGUUUCUAUGUCCCUGGCAGACCAAUCUGGUAACCAAUGUCAAAUUGGGGAUAUUUCGGAUUCUGAUUCCCUUAUUCAUGGCUUGGGACGAGACAAGCAACCUUCAGAAAUCAAUGGGGAGGAAGUAGGUGUGGGGAAUUUGUCUAAGCAAUCAAAUGCUCAGGAGAGCGAGGCUUCUAUGUCCCAAGCAGACCAAUCUGAUAACCAGCGUCAAGCUGGGGAUAAUUCGGAUUCUGAUUCCCUCAUCCAUGGCAUGGGCAGAGAUGACUCAAUAAACUGUCUCAUUCGGUGUUCGAGGGCUGAUUAUUGUUUUGUUGCAUCUUUGAAUAGGAGAUUUCGCUCUCUGGUUCGGAGCGGUGAGAUCUACAGAGAGAGGCGAAUCCAUGGUAUUGUUGAACACUGGGUUUAUAUCUCAUGCAACCUCCUUGAGUGGGACGCUUUUGAUCCAAAUCGCCGGCGUUGGAUGCGGUUGCCAAGGAUGCAUUCUAAUGAAUGCUUCUUUUUCUCAGAUAAGGAGUCAUUGGCUGUUGGAACCCAGCUUCUUGUAUUUGGAAAGGAAGUGAUGUCCAAUGUCAUCUACCAAUAUAGUUUGCUGACGAACACAUGGUCAUCCGGAAUGAGGAUGAAUGCUCCAAGAUGUCUGUUUGGGUCCGCCAGCCUCGGGCAGAUAGCUAUUAUUGCAGGUGGUUGUGAUUCACAGGGUAAGGCUUUAAACUCUGCCGAGCUCUAUAAUUCUGAGACCAGAAUUUGGGAGACACUCCCAAGCAUGCAUAAGACACGUAAGAUGUGUUCAGCUGUUUUUAUGGAUGAAAAGUUUUAUGUGAUCGGGGGAGUCGGAGGUGCUGAUUCGAAGCUUCUUACAUGUGGAGAAGAAUAUGAUUUGGCAACGGGGACUUGGACUGAAAUCCCUAAUAUGUCCCCCGUGCGGAGCAGUGCCGCACGGGAAAACGAGCAUCCCGCUACAACCGAGGCACCUCCUCUAGUCGCUGUUGUAGAUAAUAUGUUAUAUGCAGCUGAUUAUGCACAAAUGGAGGGUGAAGAAAAAUAUGAUUAAGGAUAGGAAAGAGGUGGUUUACUGUGGCGAAGAUUGCCAGGAGGGGCGGCCUCCAUGAACGGUUGGGGCUUGGCAUUUAGGGCAUGUGGACACCGGCUUAUUUGUAUUGGUGGUCCUAGGGCUUCUGGUGAAGGAUUUAUCGAAGUCAAUUCAUGGGUUCCUAGUGAAGGCCCGCCAGAGUGGAACUUGCUUGGCCGAAAGCAAUCUGCUAGCUUUGUCUAUAAUUGUGCUGUGAUGAGUUGCUGAAGAUCUGCGUUUUGGUGGCACUUCGUGCUGAACGGGUCCAUAAGAUUGCUUUUUCCAUCAGCAUAGCAGUAUUGCUAAUUGGGUAAUUUAUCCCAACUUUUCUUUUCUCUCUUCUUUUUUUCUUUUUUUUCUUUUUUUAUUUUUGU